UCACCCCAGGCCUAAAGCAAGUGAUCUAAUGAGCUGCGGUAGUUUUAAGCACCCACCCGAGAAAGAAACAUUCAGCUGGUCAGUUUCAGCUCCUCUGCCAGUGAUCUCCAAACAGAUAGCAGCAGUGUGUCUUCAGCAUUUCUUACAGAAACACCUUAAGCUAAACACAGUCACACGCUUGUUUCUGUUUCUUCAAACUACUUUGCAGAAGACGUUUUAGAAUGUCUGAAUCCACAUCCAUUAUGGAGUUUAGUGGGACGCACCAAGCCUUUAGAGACAGCUGGUCAAAGACAGACAAUGAGAUGUGCAAGCACAGUAUGUCUUUCCACUUGCACAACACCCUGAGGAAAGAGUUCUUCGCUAGCUACCUGUAUCUCCUGGAGCAGAUUCAUCUGGUGAAACUCUAUGCCGUGACAUGUGAGUAUAUUAAAGGGGAGAAGCAGUUUUACAACAGGGCACAAAACUUCUACAAGGAUGUCCCAGCGUCAGAGGAGGGCAUGAUGGGAGAUUUCGUGGAGAUAUCUGAGAUUGACCUUGAUGGCUCAAGACAAUUCCUAAAGAAGUUUGUU